AUGAUUAUUCCAGUGGAUGUUUCAACAAAAGAGUCAAAUAAUGCUUCUACCAAAAAGAAGACCAUGUCUGAAAGGUUUAGUACUUCAAAUGGUGAACCUUCAUUGAAUAAUUAUGUUGAAACUAUUUAUGUUGUUGAAUCCUACCCCAAUAUUGAAGCAUAUGUUUCAACAUCUAGUGAACCCCGGGUUGAACACCCCAUUGAUUCAGUUGUGGAUGCUCCUAUUUUUUAUGUCUUUCUGAAUAACAUAUUGGAUGGGAAUGAUGACUGGGACUUUUUUGAAGACCAAGCUGCUGAGAAUAAUCAGAAUUAA